GAGAGAGAGAGAGAGAGAGAGAGAGAAGGGAAAAGUUUGAAUCGUUGAUCUCACAAUGAUGGAGGUCGACUUACUGAAUGCGGGCGGGAAGGAGUUGGGGGACUUGGCUGAGGAAGAGAGCAGUGGAAGAUGCGACGAUGCAGAGUUCUCAGUAGGCUCAACUGUGUUGUGGCCCUUGUUGGACAAUGCAUCUCCUCUACAACAUUUCAUGCCAUUCAAGACUCAGCAAGAGCAAAAGUUCAAAAAUUUCUUAUUUAAUCUGAUUCCAGCAACUGAAUUUCAGCAUAUUUCUCAGAAAGCUCACAUUGUACUAGCUUCUCGGGUUCCAAAACCAAGGCAUGAAUAUAAACCACCAGCCUUCGGGAUCAGAUGCUUUAAAAAACACCCCUUUACUAGGAUCUAAGGUUGGAGCCAUCUUUCCAAGGCAGAUAUUUUCUUUUGGAUUUUUCAAAAAAUUAAUUCCAUUGCUAAUGUUCUUGAUGAAAUUCUUGAAGAAAUUAAUCUCUGUGUAAAAUGUUGAAGCCUACCACAACCCCUGCGCAGCUCAGAAUGUUUUAUGCUGGUUCAGUUAAUGUGUAUGAUGACAUCCCAUGUGAUACGGUAUUUGAUAUAACAUUUUAGAGGAAAGUGUCCAAAUGGUCCUCUCAUUCUUUGCCGGGGAUUGGUGUAGUCCCAAAGUUUAUAAAAGUGUCAGUUUAGUGCUAAAAAAUUUCAAAUAUUGGCUGAAUUAGUCUUAUGGGAGGAAUAUUUCAGCAUUGGACAAUUUUGCAGGGCAAGUAGCUGGAUGCCCUAUUCAUGGGACAGGAAGAAGUCAGAUAAAACUGUUUGAUGGGAUAGCAGCUGCUCAUCUGCUCGGAUCAGUAUUUCAACAACUGUAUCCAAUUUUCUAUAUAUAUAUUUACAUACAUGCAUGC